UGCCUCAGCGGGGCUGUGCCAGUUCGCCAGCGGGUCGGUUCGGCCCGGCCUUCCGUGCUUGGCUGCUCGCCUCCUUGCCUUCCGCCUGUGGCCAGGCCGCGGCCACCAUGGCGUUGCCCGCAGGCCCCGCCACCCUCCCGCACACACUGCUGCUCCUGCCAGCGCUCCUGAGCUCAGGUUGGGGGGAGUUGGCGCCACAAAUCGAUGGCCAGGCCUGGGCUGAGCUGGCACUUCGGGAGAAUGAACGCCACCCCUUCACCUGCCGAGUGGCAGGGGUGUCUGGCACCCCCCGAUUGGCCUGGUACCUGGAUGGACAGCUGCAGGAGGCCAGCACCUCACGGCUGCUGAGUGUGGGCGGGGAGGCCUUCUCUGGAGGCACCAGCACCCUCACUGUCACUGCCCAGAGGUCCCAGCAUGAACUCAACUGCUCCCUGCAGGACCCAGGCAGUGGCCCGGCAGCCAACGCCUCCGUCAUCCUUAAUGUGCAAUUUAAACCGGAGAUUGCCCAGGUUGGGGCCAAGUACCAGGAAGCUCAGGGCCAGGGCCUCCUGGUGGUUCUUUUUGCCUUGGUCCGUGCCAACCCACCUGCCAAUGUGACAUGGAUCGACCAGGACGGGCCGGUGACUGUCAACACCUCAGACUUCCUGGUGCUGGAUGCCCGGAAUUACCCCUGGCUCACCAACCACACAGUGCAGCUGCAGCUUCGCAACCUGGCACACAACCUCUCUGUGGUCGCCACCAACGAUGUGGGGGUCACCAGUGCCUCGCUCCCAGCCCAAGGACUCCUGGCCACUCGGGUGGAAGUGCCACUGCUGGGCAUCAUUGUGGCUGGAGGGCUAUCGCUGGGCACCCUGGUGGCAUUCAGCACCUUAGUGGCCUGCCUGGUCUGCAGGAAAGAGAAGAAGACAAACGGCCCCUCCCGGCGCCCAUCUCUGCUCUCUAGUGACUCCAACAACCUGAAGCUCAACAACGUGCGGCUGCCCCGGGAGAACAUGUCCCUCCCAUCCAACCUGCAGCUCAACGACCUCACUCCCGACUCCAGAGGGAAACCAGCGGACCGACAGACAGCUUGGAAUAACAGCCGGCCAGAGCCAGAGCUUCUGGAUUCAGAGCCGGGCGGCCUCCUCACCAGCCGAGGCUUCAUCCGUCUCCCAAUGCUGGGCUACAUCUACCGAGUGUCCAGUGUGAGCAGUGAGGAGAUCUGGCUCUGAGCUGAGGGUGAGACGGAAGGUGCCCAGGCCCCUGGGCACCCUCCCCUCCAAGGCAUCCUCUGCCUGGCCAUGUUGCCAGUGAGAUGCCACUUCCACUUGUGCUUGCAUCCCUGGCUGGGGUGCUUCUGUCAUCCACAGGAAGGUUCUACUGGAUCUGAACCUGAGGGCACAGGUUGCUGACCGGACCCAAGCCCUUGUUCUGAUUCAGGUUGGGGGCCUGCAUGGGAUGCCUGUGCCACGCGGAUAGGGCUGUUUGCCUGUGUGUUCUGAUGUCAUUGGCAUCUAAGUGUGGCAUGGCCCCGGUGACGUGGGCCUGCUCUGUGCCUCCCACCAGUAUUGCUCAGCACCUCGCACAGCAGGCACAGGGACAUGCCUGGUGUGGGACUAGGAAGGCCUGCAUGUCUUGGAUUUCCUUCCCGUGCUGUGUAGCUUUGCUCACUCUGAACAUUCAGAGUCCUGCUCAUUGCAUAGAAAUAAAAUGCCCUGUGCACAGGGAGCAGCCCGUCCCUUCUGCUGGUACCUCUGUCCCCACUGUCCCCCUUCUCUUGAGCAUCAUAGGUUAUACAUUGGCCCUUUACCACUUCUUCACUGGGCACUAGACGCCCCAUUGGCCUCUGGUGGUGCUGGUGCCUGGUGUUAGCACAAUCAGGAGGAACGAAGGAGGGGAGAGCCUGGCGGCACCCAGGACAGCAUGUGGCUCUGCAUCUUUUUCUUACAGUGAUAGCACUUCCAGCACUUCUCCUGGGAGGGGGAGGGAGGGUCCCAGGGCCUCUCUGUGGCUUCCCCACAUUGGCCUUCCUGUGAUUCACUGAGGACCCUGAACCCCCCCGGGGUUGGUGGUUUCCCUCAACAUGUCUCCCCUUUAGGGGACCUCAGCUCUGACCCAUCAGCAAGAGGCCACCCUUCCUGUCCCGCCCCUUGUUCUUCAGGGGACGUCCAUAGUGGCACAUACUUCAACAGUGCUGGAAGCUUUUGGGGGACACUUUACAAAGCAACAUGGAAAUGCCUGCAAAUCAAUAGAGUGCGGAGUAUUUUUCCCUUAUCUUUUGUAAUUUAGUGCUGAGCACACGAUAAUUCAAUAAACUUGACUGAGUGAAUGUUA